AUGCAUAAAAGUAAUUGGCUGGAAGGCCUCUUGUGGGCCGCGUCCACCAGCGCCCUGCCGAUGGCCAUGGCGGCGCUGAUGCUCAUCAACGUGCGCCGUUUUGUCAGCCACCGCGUUGGUGUGAUGCCUCAGUUCUUCUGCGCGGCCAGCACCGCCAGGUCGUCCAGGAGGCCAUCAAGCCUGUCGUCGAUGUGGCCCCAUUUCUCCAUAGCGCACGGCAAACAGUUUUGCCGCAGAUGGUUUAUAGCGGUCCGCAGUGCACGUCACGCCCUCCUCCACUGCUGCGCCCGGAGUAGCGGCAACAACGUCCAAGAUGUGCCAUUCGGCGGGGUGCCGGACAGUGACGUCCAACAAAUGAUCUGGGGCAAUGGGGUGGCCAAACAGCCCGACGUCCAAGACGGCCUCAACCCAAACCUCGCUGCCACUCAAGCGGGGCUUCUUGAAGCCUACCUCGGGGACAACCUGCUCGGCCGCUUGGCCGGCAUCGCACCCAGCAUGCGCUAA